AUAUAGGUACUUCUAAUAUUGAAACUAAUGUAUGGAAACUAAAUCUGUAUUUCACGUAAAGUACAUGGGACUAAUGGUAUAAUUUUGCAUUGAUAAUUUUAUCAGAUCUUGGUACUCUACGCUUGAACCCCAUAAGUCACCUGCUUUCCCUUCCAAUAUAAAAAUUCUUUCAUUCCAUAAUCCCAAUUGCCAAGAAACAAAAAAAAAAAAAAAAAAAAAGCCGAAAUCCAAACCCUAAAAGCCGGCGCCAAUGUCGAAGCGGAGCCACCUUCACUUGACGGAUCUCAGUUGCAUCGCCUGCGAAGACUUGACCGAGUUCGGCGCUGGCAAGGAAGGCUGGCUAGCUCCCGAUGCCAGCACCACUAUCCUCUGCGCUCUCGACGCCCAUUCUCUCGCAAUCGCCAACCGAUCUCUUAUUCUCAUCCUCGGAUGGUCCGACCCUGAUGAACCUCGGGUCAAGAUCCGACCCGAACUGUCACCUAUCGAGGCCGAGCACAUUACGGCCAUCGAGUGGCUGGUUUUCGAGGAGAUGAAAGUGAUUGCAGUUGGGACCUCUCGAGGGUUUCUCUUGGUUUACUCUUUGCGUGGUGAUUUGAUUCAUAGACAGAUGGUACAUACAGGACGCAUCUUAAAGUUAAGAGUUCACGGAGCUAAGAAAGAUCUGAUGCAAGAUAUAUUGUCAGAGGAGGUCUGUGUUGUCAUACCUGGGGUAAUUGCUCGUUUUGAUGGGACUGAUAUUCAGAGCCUGCUUCAAAGGUGGUUUCAAGAAACACAUUCUCGUUUUUGGGAUCAGAAACCAAAGAAAGAUUCUGAGGAUAUGGGAAACUCCUAUGGGAGAUUACCUUACCAGUUAUGGAAUGUUAAUAAGUAUGGGUCAUGUGUUGAUGCAGCAAUCACUGGCAUAAUGCCUCCUCCUCUCAUGGAACUCCAGGAAAAACUGGUUUUGCUGGUUCAGUUUUCACUUCUUGCUCCUUAUGCUUCUUUUAUUGUUGGGCAGUCAAGUCAACGUUACUAUUGUGCAGUCACUAUUGGAGAUGAUGCUGUUAUCUCAGCUUUCAGACUUUCUGAAGAUAGGAACCGUUCCUUGGUAGGAGCUAUUUUGUCAAAAGUUGUGCCUGCGACAUUUUCCACAAUCGCUUCUUUUUCUAAAAUGAUAUGGCGGAGUGAACAAACAUCAAACAGGAAGUCAGAAGAGAAGCCUCAAUCUUUUGCUCGAGCUUCUCCUUUGACAUGUUUGAAGGAUCAUCCAAGAAAGGGUGAAAAGCUCACUUUAUCACCUAGUGGCACUUUGGCUGCUAUUACAGAUUCACUGGGUCGUAUAUUGCUGUUAGAUAUUCAGGCACUUGUAGUAGUGCGACUAUGGAAGGGAUAUCGUGAUGCAAACUGCUUUUUCAUGGAGAUGUUAGUCAAUAGAGAUGCUAUAGGGUCAAGCUCCUCCUACUAUGAACCGAGGAAGAGUGACUAUUGCCUCUGUUUAGCCAUUCAUGCACCCCGAAAAGGAAUUAUUGAGGUGUGGCAGAUGAGAACUGGACCACGUCUCCUAACUGUCCAGUGUGCUAAAGGUUGCAGAUUAUUACAGCCAACUUACAGGUUUGGAUCAUCGUUGGACUCUCCUUAUGUUCCUCUGGAAGUUUUUUUGUUAAAUGGAGACUCUGGUCAAUUGUCAGUGCUGAAUCGUUUUCUUAAUUAAAUUUUACAUAGAUAAA